AUGGCUCAAAAGAUGGACCCCAAAUGGAGGUUCUUGAAGCUCUUCAUCCUCAUCAUUCUCUGCACCCUCCUCAUAGGACUACUGAUAUUCAUCUUUCUUUACUUUUUCCUCCACAAGGACAAGCCAUGCGACGUUACCAUCGUCACAGUUGCUACCCUCACCCAAUUUCACUACCUCAGCAACAGCAACACUCUCUAUUACAACCUCGUCCUCAACCUUACCAUCUCCAACAUUGCCUAUGGCUAUGACUUCAUCGAAGCAGGUGCUUUCUACCAAGGUCUCAUGUUCGCUUCCUCCAUCGUCAAAACAUACAGUGACGAUGACUUCAACAAGCUGAAUGCUGUUUUCCAAGGUCACCAACAAGGGUUGUCCCUCAGCACCGACCAAAUUUCACAGGACAAUGGGGUUUACCUUAUCAGGCCUCAGGCUUAG